CUUAGGCAGCCAUCGUCUCCUUAGGCCAACCACCAACACUUCAUCCUUUCGUUCAUCUCAUCUUCUUCUCUUCUUCCUCACGUCCUUCUUUUCUCCCCUCCCCGACCUCCUGGAUGGAUCGUCUCCUUCCUAUCUAACCCCCCAGUUGUGUGUUCCACCAGCUGUUCUCUUCCCAUCUUCAAUUCUGCAAUUCUUUCUCUUCUUCACUGGUCUCCCCUCGCCAAACCAUCCACCGACCGACCCCCUCCUCCCUCUCCCCUUCUCGGAUCGUUCCACAAGGGAGACUCCUGACUUGGACAGGCUCCAAUCCUUCAAUUAUUCUUUCUUUGCUUCCUGCUUGUUUAUUUUCUCCCUCGUUACUAUUUUCCCGCCCAGUCAAUCCUUUUCAACCCUUGAGGAACCCCGUUAUAAUCGCCGCGGUCCUCCCCGAUACCACCGGAUACCUACCGACCUCCUAUUCUCGGCGCCACUCGACGAUUGAAUCGACUCGACCGAAUCUUUCGUUCUCCGCCAUUUGACGCCCUCCACGCUCCCCACGCUCUCGUUCGACUGCGACUAAAACGGUGGUCCUCCGCCGAAUCCUUCCACCAUGGCGUCCCCCUCGAUGAUCGAUCUGGAACAGCGGAAUCGCUUACCGACCCUGUUCGAAGUCCUCAGCCGUCGCACCCUCGCCCCCGUUGAUCUCUUCUCCUUCUACAUUUACAUGCGGGAUCAAAAGCGCUCGGUCGAUUAUCUGGAUUUCUGGCUCGAUGUCUCCCAACACAUGUCCCUCUGCCGCCAUUACGUGCGCGAACUACGUCGAUCCGUCUUGGUCGCCACUCCCGAUCUGGAGAAAGCCGACAGCAAGAGCUCCACGGCCGCCCUUGAGAUGCUCGAGAAGCUCGAAAGCUUCAGUGAAGUCCCCUUGGCCGAACCGGGCCCCUCGAAUUUCCCGAACCGCUUCAACGAUGUGGAGGAGAAGGACUCCGAUCUUCGGCUGUCGGCCUUCUUGCGCUCGGAAGGCCAAACUCCCGGCCACUCGCCGCAGAAUAGCUUGGGAUCGGUGCACAACAACAACAACGACAACAUGUCCCGACCCUUGUCCAACGAGCAACCGCCCCGGGAUAGCUCGGGCACGCGCGCCGACUCCCCCUCGCCCGGGCACACCGUCGCGCGCGCCGAUAUUCGCGCCAGCGCGGAGAAUGUCCUGUACACCUACCUCCUACCGGGGGCCGAGCGCGAGAUCGUCUUGCCCGAGGAGAUGGUCUCGUCCAUCAUCAACCUGGUGGAGGACGACGGUCGCGAUGACCCCGAGGUGUUCGAUCCCGCCAAGGACUACGUCUUCCAGGCGAUGGAGCGCGACGCGUUCCCGGGGUUUUUGCAGGCCAAGGCCCUGGGGAACCUGGUCCCGCUGAGCAUCGUGGCGCGCCUGGCGGUGGCGCUCGUUAGUUUCGGGGCCGGGUUCUGGGGGGCUUUCUAUGUGGUGCUCCGUGAUCAGCCGAAACACAUUCGAUGCUGGGUGAUUUUGCCAUUUGUGGUAGCCUCGUAUUUUCUGGUCUCGUACCAGUACAAGAUCGAUCCGAUGUUGGCAGUUCUGGGGUACAGCGAGUACACGUUCAUGAACUGGUCCCCGAUCCGGGAGCCGUACGUACGGAAACUGCUGAACAAGCGCGCGUUGGCUACAAUGAUGAUUGCGGCGUUUGUGGCGGCCGCGCUCAGCAUCUUGUUCAUCUUCGUUCCGGGGACGAUGCUCUGAUCUUCCGAUUCUCUAUCUCACUCCAUCUCACUCCCUAUAUGUUUCCGUGAUUGAUUGAUUGAUUUGUUACGGUGAUGGUGGAUCAUCCCGAUCCGACAGUGUUCAUAUAAUCUUAUACUCGACUCCAAGCGUCCGCGUCGUGAUCUGUCCAUACUGACCUGCGUUCUUUAUUUUCUCUUUUACUUUUUUUUCUUUCUCUGUCGAAUUUCUCUUCGGACAAUACCCCUUUUUUGCAACCAUUGGCAUGUAUGCUCCACGAUCCUAUCUUUUCUUUCUUUCCAUAUUUAUUCAUCUGUUGAUUUCCUUACUCAUCUCCUUGAUUUCCUUUGCUAUUUCCUUGUGCCAGUGACAUCGUACCGGAUAAUUGACUAUCCACGAGCCUCCUAAUGUGAAAUACCUUACCAAAAAAAGAAAAGACAGAAAAAAAAAUACAAGUAAA